UUGCCCGGACGCAUAUUGUUAUAAGGAGACCCACGGCCCUGCGUCGUCUACAUCCUCCCCACACUUCCCUCCGUGAUUCGAACAUCCCUUGACCCCUUAACAUCCUCCCAGGCUGCGGAUUAUCUAAUAUGAAAGUCCUAACAAAAGAAGAGGAGGCUGCCCAUUACAAUGCCACAGUAAAAGGUGGAACCAUUGGCGCUGUCGUCGGCACCAUAAUCGGAGGUGUUGGUGUCUUCGCUGCCAACCGCAGAUUCGCAGCCUUCCGAUCGCUCACAGUGCCUUUCCGAGCCUUCCUCGUCGCCUCUUCAGGAACCUUUGUUUCCAUCCUCGCCGCAGACCGCGCCUCCUACCGAUACGACAUCGCCCACAACCCCGAAAAACGGCGUCUAAUACAAGAAGAAAAGGAAAAAGAAGCCCUCUACGAGUCUGGUAAAACACGCCUCCAACUCGCGCGGGAAUGGGCAGAACAGAACCGAUACCCUAUUAUCUUCGGCUUCUGGGUAACCUCUCUUGUGGGCUCCUUCGUGCUGGUCAACCGCAACCGCUACCUCAGCGCACCGCAGAAAAUCGUGCAGGCACGUAUGUACGCACAAGGCUUCACACUUGCGGUCCUCCUGGCUAGUUUUGCGGCCGAGGGCUCCGAUGCAGCAAAGGGCAAGGGCAGGUGGGAAACUAUCAAGGUCCUGGAUCCGAAUGACCCAACGCAUAAGCAUUUCAUCGAGAAGCGCAUUCACCACGAGCGAUAUGCUGGCGAGGAUCAGUGGAGAGGUACGUGACUGGCAGAUUACUCGCCAUGCUUUGUCAUCGCUCUCAGCAGAGUGCAUGGCUUGGCGCCUCUAAACUACCCAUUCGAGAAAGCAGUACUCUGACUAACAUGCUUGCAGAAAUGGUUGAAGCCGAAGAAGCUAGGAUGAAUGAGCGGAAGCAAGCUGCCAAAGAGAAGAAGCGCGAGAGCGAAGAGGGUAAGGGUAAGGAAGCAAAAGCCUCUUAAGAGCCAAAUAUUCCUGGGCUUUUUGAUGAGCCCAUGUAAUAUCACGAAAUCAUUUUUAGGCGUUUUGGCGAGCGUGAAUGCUGGUUGCACGGCUGCAUGCCAACAUUCUUGGGUUAAAGAUCGGGCGUAUUGUACAUCGGACGAGCGGCGCCUGUUUCAUCAACAACAACACCUCUUCGGUUUCUUUGCAGGC